UCUUGUCUCUCUAAAUAAGACAGCCCCAGGCUGGGCCACUGCUGGUAGACACCAUGCAGCUCCAGGCCUCCUUCUUCUUAUUCCUCAUCCUCAUCUUCUGCCAAGAGCUUUGCGCAGAGCCAAAUAAUGUGCCCACGAAGCCCUUACUGCCUAUAUGCACCCUUCCUAAUGACAAUGGCGAAUGCCGAGCCGUGUUCGUGAGAUGGUACUAUAACUCCGAAACUGGCAAGUGUGCGUGGUUCCACUAUGGAGGCUGCAGAGGCAAUGACAACAACUUCCUGACCAAAAGUCAGUGCCAGGCAGUCUGUAUCAACACCUGACUUGUCAGGCCAAGCCAGCCCUCCAUGGAGUCAAGCUCCCUGGGGGCCCCUGAAGGGUUUUGUUUGUGAAUAAAAAAAAAGUGCAUUUCCCUAAAUACAUUUCCCUAAGAUUCUGUCUAUC